AUCUUUGUAUACACUCAAUCUUCAGAUCAGUUUGUACACAUGACGUGAACUGACCCCGUAAAGCUUGUAUUCAUUGUUCUCAUAAAGAAAGAUAACAACAGCCCCAGACAUUGAUACAGAAAUCAAACUUAAUCCCAGUGAGUGUCACUGUCAUGGCUCCCGCGCCCGCCUCAUCCCUCCUGUUGGUCCUGGCCACGCCUUUAGCUCAAUGCGGUCGGCAACUGCGGGGACUCCUCCCCAAACUCCAAUCGAAAUACGCGGAUUUGAGCCGGCUCUACGUACAUAUCAUUCCACCCAAUCUGCGGGUCCAUGAGAGUGCACCAUCGCGUGGACAGGUCGUUCAUGCGGCUAAGCGGGUGUACGGGGCCAGUGCCGCUUUUCCCGAGGUAGACGUGCGAUUGCUGCUCCACGGGUUCAAAUCCCGCUCAUCUCAAGAGCAGAUGUCUUUGGGUUCUACUUUCAAAAUGUUUUUGUCACCUUCCACCACGGAGUCGUCGGUGAUGGAGGCCUAUUUGAAGGCCUGGCAUCCAACCCGUCAGCCUUCUCAAUGGGAAGGCUUGGAUGUCGAGCCUUGUGCGAGGGGAUCACAGUCUGAAGCUCUAGACAGUGAAGUGGGAAAGGAUGAUGAUAGGUCCUUUGAGCACGUAGUGAUUGGCGGUACGUUUGAUCGACUUCAUGCCGGUCAUAAGAUUUUAUUGGUCGAGGCUGUUUUGAGGUCGGAGAGAUCGUUGACAAUCGGAGUGACCGAGAAUGAGAUGCUAGCAUCCAAGAAGGUCCGCGAGCUAAUUUUGCCUACCUCAGAGCGCAUAAAAGUCUUGGAAAACUUUCUGCAAGACUGCGAUUCCACUUUGGAAUACAAAUUGGAACCCAUAGUGGACCCGUUUGGACCUUCGAUUGUUGAUCCUGGCUUGGAACUUAUUGUGGGGAGUGAGGAAUCGGCCCAAGGCUGCGAAAAAGUCAACGAAAAGCGCCAAGAGAGAGGCCUCAAGCCUUUGGACAUAAUCAUUGUGGGCGUCGAGGCCGAUCCAGUGAAGGAAAGCGACCUCGAAGAGGUCAAAGUGAGCUCGUCUUCUAUGAGGCUCCGCCUCUUAGGAUCACUUUUGAAAGCCCCUUCAAGGCCCUGGGACAAGAGUGCCGGUCCUUACAUUGUCGGAUUAACGGGCGGUAGUGCGAGUGGCAAGUCUUCCAUUUCCAGGCGUUUGGAGAAAUUGGGUGCCAAAAUUGUGGACUGUGAUAAAUUGGGCCAUAAAGCCUACCAAAAAGGGACGGAUUGUCUAGAUCAAGUGGUUCAAGCAUUUGGAGCCGAUAUUCUCGACCAAGAGGGAAAUAUUGACCGGCGAGUUUUAGGAUCCAAAGUCUUCGGUAACUCAGACUUUCUUUCUUUCCCUCGUACAGAAAACAGGGCCAAAUUGGAAGGCAUUGUUUGGCCAGAAAUCCGACGGAUGGCCGAGCAAGAGAUUCAGGCUCAUUUUCUCAGGGGUUGUUCGGUGGUGGUUCUGGAUGCAGCUGUAUUGUUGGCCGCCAAUUGGCAUGCCCAAAUGUGUCACGAGGUCUGGGUCUCGUUUGUGGACCAAGACGAGGCUAUCAAGCGUAUCAUGGAACGAGAUGGACGAAGUCAAGACGAGGCUGAGAAACGACUCGCUUCUCAAAUGACCAACGCAGACUACGUGAGGCACGCCCAUGUCGUGUUCUGUACCAAAUGGGCCGGAGAAUUCACUCAGAAGCAAGUGGAGAAGGCUUGGACUCGCCUUCAAAGCUCUUUGGGAUAAGCUUUAUUCCAAAAGAAGAAAAAGUGAACCAAUAAUCAUAUGAGUAAUGAUGAUAAGAAACGGGAGGUUAUUGAGUUA